ACCUACGGCGCGCUGCAUUUGAAACUGAGCUUAACACGUUUCACAUUUUUAAUAGACUUGUGAGUUUGGAUUCUAACUAAUCAUUAAAAAUGGCGACUAUGGCUGAAUUUAUACAACAGUCUGAGAUCAAUGAUGGAAUACGUUUCUCAUGGAAUGCAUGGCCUAUUUCUCGACUAGAAUCUGCCCAGUCUGUAGUACCUAUUGGAUGUUUAUACACAUUACUCAAAGAACGUUAUGAUUUUCCACCGAUUAAUUAUGAACCAGUAUUCUGUACUCGAUGUCGUGGGAUUCUUAAUCCAUAUUGUCCGUUUGAUAUCAGGAGUCGGACAUGGACGUGUUGCCUAUGCACAAUGCGUAAUAACUUCCCACCUCAGUAUGCUGGAAUGACUGAACAGAAGUUACCUGCGGAAUUGAUGGCUCAGUUUACCACACUAGAAUAUACCAUCCCGAAAGUUCAACCAGUCCCGCCAAUAUUUGUUUUUGUCGUGGACACGUGUAUUGAAGAACCUGAAUUCACUCAAUUGAAGGAGUCCAUCCAGCUGUCAUUGAGUUUUCUACCGCCUCAAGCAUUAGUCGGUUUAAUCACUUUUGGGAAAAUGGUACAUGUUCAUGAAUUAGAAGCAGGACCAAUAGCUAAAUCAUGGGUAUUUAAAGGAACAAAAGACUACACAGGAAAUCAAAUUCAAGUAAUGCUUGGCGUUGGUCGUAGUUCUUUUGGUAAUGUUGGUCAACCGGCUACAUUCAAUGCUCGUCCUAGUCCAGGUGUUAAAGGUGUCUACGGUGCUGAACAACAAUUUCAACAGCAACCACCUCAAGCACAACCACAAAUGGCUCAGUUACCAUACAAUAGAUUUAUUCAACCUAUGGAAAGAUGUGAUGCUGUGUUAACUGAUCUACUGACUGAACUACAACCUGAUCCAUGGCCUGUACCACAAGGUAAACGUCCACUUCGUUCAGUUGGUACUGCAUUAAGUAUUGUCAUUGGUCUACUAGAAGCCACCUAUCCAAAUACAGGAGCUAGAGUUAUGCUAUUUCUUGGUGGUCCAUGUACUCAAGGUCCAGGUAUGGUUGUAGAUGAUGAUUUGAAGAAUAUUAUACGCUCUCAUCAUGAUAUGGAAAAAGAUAAUUGUAAAUAUAUGCGAAGAGCUAUGAAACAUUAUGAAGGCUUGGCUAAUCGUGCUGCACAGAAUUUUCAUGUUGUCGAUAUAUUCAGUUGUUCGCUAGAUCAGACUGGCUUGCAUGAAUUACGGUAUUUAACGAAUUACACGGGUGGUCAUAUGAUUAUGGGGGAUAGUUUUGCAUCAAGCCUAUUUCAACAAACCUAUCGACGUGUAUUUAACAAAGAUGCAACAGGUUCCUUUUUAAUGGGAUUAGCUGGUCAAAUGGAAGUGAAGACAUCUAAAGAACUCAAAGUCUCCGGUUGUAUUGGCCCGUGUUUCUCGGCUAAUGUUAAAACAUCGAAUACAGGUGAACAAGAAAUUGGUAUAGGGCGUACUUCUGUAUGGCGAUUGAAUGGUUUCACACCAUCCACCACACUGGCUAUCUAUUUUGAAGUGGCCACCUCUUCCAGUGGAAGUAGUGCACAAAUUCCACCAGGUGGUAGAGGUUAUGUCCAAUUUGUUACACAAUAUCAACGAGCUAAUGGUCAACGAAAAUUACGUGUCACAACAGCUUGUCGUAAUUGGAUUGAUUCAUCAACACAAUUGCCUCAUAUGAUAUGUGGUUUUGAUCAGGAAGCCGCUACAGUGUUGACUGCUCGUAUGGCUAUGUUCAGAGCAGAGACAGCUGAUAGUGUUGAUGUAUUACGAUGGUUGGAUAGACAAUUGAUUAAAUUAUGUCAUAAAUUUGGGGAUUAUCGUAAAGAUGAUCCAUCAUCAUUUCGAUUACCGGAUGAAUUUUCCUUUUAUCCACAAUUUAUGUUUCAUAUGCGACGUUCACAAUUUCUACAAGUGUUUAAUAAUAGUCCAGAUGAAACAGCCUAUUAUCGUCAUGUUCUAAAUAAAGAAGAUUGUUCAAAUUCCCUACUGAUGAUACAACCAUCGUUGACAUCAUUCAAUUUGGAUGGUAGUGAAGAGCCGGUUCUACUGGAUUCAAGUAGUUUACAACCAGAACGUGUACUACUGAUGGACAGCUUCUUCUUAAUCUUGAUUUACGAAGGUGAUACUAUUGCUAAAUGGAAGAAAGCUGGCUAUCUGGAUAUGCCUGAAUAUGCUCACAUAAAGCAAAUUCUGGAUAAACCAAGAUUAGAAGCUCAAGAAUUAUUGAAAGUACGCUUUCCAGUUUCACGAUAUGUUGAAACCGAGUUCGAUGGUAGUCAGGCAAGAUUUUUACUAUCUAAAGUCAAUCCAUCACUGACACAUCAUACAAUGUAUUCAUUUGGACAGUUACAACCAGAUGAUUCGGGUAGUGCAGUACUCACAGAUGAUGUAUCACUUCAAGGUUUUAUGGAACAUUUGAAAAAGUUGGCAGUCUCUAGUUCUGCAUAAUCUCUACGCACAGAUGAGUGUUUACUUCUUUGAAUCUUACGGACAACGUGACAAUACUACUACUACUACUACUACUAC